GUUCACACGGACGUUUCUUGCGUUCUCUGCUCGUCUGCGUGCCUGCCUUUGCGGAGUGGAGUAGGGUUGUCUCAUUCGGAGCGGAAGCUAUGGCGGGACUGGAUCCCACUCAGACUAAGAAACACACAGGGCUCGCAAGCUUCGUAGUUCUCCUCCUCUUGUGCACGCACAUCGAUUGACUCUGUGUUGAAUCCGUCUGCUGCUGGAUUGAUCUGCUGAAGAUCAGAUCAAGGAGUCGCCGUUGUUGUUGCGGAACAAUGUGUCGUCCCGAAGAGCACUCUGUACAUGAUUACACGUGGGAGCGAGCAAAACUACGGGAACUAGCAAUGGCGAGUUGAAAUAUGGAGUAGAGUUGCCCACGAGCUCAACUGAUGACGCUUCAAUUAUAGUGUUACUCAAAGCCAUCAGUAGCAACUCUGCUAUCUAUUGGAUUCUUACCUUUAAAUUCUGUUGUGCAACAAAUCCUGAAGGCUUGGAAUUAUCAGGAUGGACGACUCAGCCAACAGUCCAAGCUCCUAUGCCCCCUUAAACGCCAAUCCUGAGGCCCACUUCCCUGUAUCUAGCGAUGGAUUCGGGGAUCCACCUCCUUCUACGACUGGUAGUUCUUGGUUCAGCAGAUCCAAUUCCAUGCCCAAAAGUUCGUCGUCGGGUAGCGCUACUGCAACUACUGGUAAAUUUGUACCAUCAGCUUGGGCGAAGAAUUUCCAGACCUGGACUUCCAGCAGCGGAAAGGAAGCGCAAAGUAGCGGUACUGGGUCACCGAGUGCCGCGAAGGCAGGGGGUUUCAAUCUUUUUAACAACAUUGGAUUUGGCAAACAGGGAGCGUUGAAAAUUCCAGUCGUAGAGGCUCCACUAGAGACCUCCUCAGCACCAUCGUCACCUUCUGUAGAAAGUGGUCCGUUCAAUUCGAUAAGAAAUGGUUUCUUAAGUACCUCUAGGAAUGCAGUGAAAGCCGUGCAAACCAAGGCGCGACACAUGGUCUCACAAAACAAGCGCAGGUACCAGGAAGGAGGGUUCGACUUGGAUAUGACAUAUAUCACAGAGAACAUCAUCGCCAUGGGAUUCCCUGCUGGGGACAUGAGUUCUGGCUUUUUUGGAUAUGUGGAGGGGUUUUACCGAAAUCACAUGGAGGAGGUGAUAAAGUUUUUUGAAACUCAACACAAGGGGAAGUACAAAGUGUACAACCUUUGCUCGGAGCGGCUGUACGAUGCCUCCUUGUUUGAGGGAAAGGUUGCGUGCUUUCCCUUCGAUGAUCACAACUGCCCGCCUUUGCAGCUGAUUUAUGCCUUCUGUCAGAGUGCCUAUGACUGGCUGAAAGGGGAUCUUGAGAAUGUGGUUGUUGUUCACUGCAAAGCUGGAAUGGCUAGAACAGGUCUCAUGAUUUGUUGCCUUCUCCUUUACCUAAAGUUUUUUCCAACUUGUGAGGAGUCAAUUUCUUACUACAAUCAGAAGCGGUGCGUCGACGGCAAAGGUCUAGUACUUCCAAGUCAACUCCGAUAUGUGAAAUACUUCGAACGUGUACUUCGGGACUAUGGCGGGGAGACGCCAACAGGUCGAAAAUGCAUAUUGAGAGGAAUUCGCCUACACAGAUGUCCGUACUGGGUUCGCCCAGCGAUCGUUGUUUCGGAUCAUAACGGUGUGCUGUUUUCUACUAAGAAGCAUCCAAGAACAAAGGAUAUGAUGUCUGAGGACAUUUGGUUUGCUGCCCCGAGGAAAGGAGUGAUGGUGUUUGCCCUUCCGGGUGAGCGAUGUAUUGCGGACAUUAAUGGCGAUUUUAAGGUUCAUUUCCAAGAUCGUCAGGGUGAUUUUUACUGCUGGUUAAAUACAAACAUGAUGGACUCCAGACAAAUUCUGACAACCGCUGAUCUUGACGGAUUUGACAAGAGGAGGUUGCCCUCUCCUGGAUUUCAAGUGGAAGUAGUGGUAUUAGAUCAUGAUGCACCAUUGCCUUCCAAAUCCAGAGCUGAAGAGACUUCUACACAAUCAGCAACUAUUGUGCAAGGUGCAACACAAACAAAUUCAGAAGAUGGGCCUACCUCUGAUGUAGGUCAGGCACAAGCUAAAGACGAAGGUACCAUUGGGGAUGGUCUGAGAAAUGCAAUGGAUAGAAUUGGGAUUUCUCAAACUGUGGGAUGGACGAGUGUUGGUGGGAAUACUCCCCCUUCUGCUUCCGAUGGUUCUUUAACAUCGAGAGCUACAGAAGAGUCAAAGUCACACGAUGGUUUGGCUGUGGGAGGUGCUUCUGGGAAGACGUCGGUGCAAAAAUCCGUAUUUGAGGUAGGUGAGGCUGAUGGUGCCCCUGCCAACCAGGAGCAGCCAGGCUCUUUCCAUGAUAAGAAGUCUGAAAGUUCGGCUGGGAAGGGAGUAGAUUCUGGUCAUGGCGAUAAGAUUGAGACUGUGGGGGCAGACUCAAAGAGAGAGGAGGUUAGAUUGGACUCAUCUGUCGCCCCCAGUGAUUUCAAAGCAAUUGCCGUAGCUAGCGCGGCCGAUCCAUCAGUUUUUACCUUUGGCGACGACGAGGAUUUCGAGAGUGAUGAAGAUUGACCUGUAUAAAAGUGAGUGACCAUUCGAGUGAAUCUCGUGAAGCCUUGGGAUCUGCUCUAUGAUUAGUUCUUUCCACUCUGCCUUGGGCUUUGUGUCUUUGUAGAAACCAUAUACAUUUGUAAGAGGCUUGCGGAAUUAUGGAAAAUUCCAAUUGAAGAUUAAAGUAACGAUGAAAGGUUAGUGGUCCCUAUAGCGAGGUAUUAGUAGCCAAAAACGCAGAGUAGAAUGUGCCCUUGUUUUUUACAUAGUCAGAUUGUAUGACCAUGUGCAGAUUCUUAUCCUGAUUAUCUGAAGUUUCUUCAAAUCACCUUGCGCUUUGAAACGCUUGUAAACAUUUUAUAUAUCCAUCAUGGGCUUACUGAAAAUUUUGGCUGGCUAAAGAGGAGUGGAGCAGGUUAGUUGCACUGAGGUGGCUGGAAGCAUCCAGGCAAGACACUGCAAGUUCAUUCAAGGGGCUAUUUCAAAGGUUCAUUCAGGUUCAGCUUUCAUGCUGUCUUUCACCUCAUACUUACAGCUGCCUUUUACAUUAUCAGUGCCAUCAAGUCUCCCGGCAUCAAGUUUUCGAGUAAACAAAGUUUGUUUCCUGCUUCUCAUCAAACGCUGUCUUGAGGAAUCCUACCAUAUUAUGGCGAAUGUGUUUAUGUUCAGGUUUCUCAUGUAUAUAUCUGAGAGUUAUGGUAUAGGCGAAUUUGUCAUCUUUUCUCCAUCUCCGGUGACACCCGUAAAUUCUCGUAAUGGGCUUUAUGUAAUUUUGUUGUUGUUGUAAGCACACUGUUGUCUCUCUCAUCCUGGUCAGAUAAUCUUGAAUUACAUGCAAUAAUCCUGGAUU